GAGGGAGAGAGAGAAAGAGAGAGAGAGAGAAAGAGAGAGAGAGAGAGAGGCAUAGAAGCGAAGAGGGUGGGGGAAAAGGAAUCACACAUGAGGCUAUCUUUCUCUCUCUUUGAUAUUUUACCCCGUCGUCUCCGGGGAAGGAAAUCAAGGUGACCAUUUCUUUGCUGCUUUGUUGUGUUUUGAAGAGAGAGAGAGAGAGUAGAGCCUUGUUCUAGUGUCAUUUUCCGAGAUACACUCUCGAGGAACACACACCCAAAUCCUCCCCUUUCCAUGCCUUUUCUGUAUAUUUCUUUUUUAAUUUUCCGUCCAUUUGCUCAACAACACGCAAAUCUAUUCUCUUCCAUCCCCAUCUCUUUUUUUCUCUCUUUAUGGCAUGUCUGUUUGAUGAAGUUGGAAGAGUCUUUCUUCACUUCGCCCUUCUUUAGGAACUCACCUUUGGCACAUACCAAGGAGUUGUUUCAUAGCUUUUCAUUCCUCUAUCAAUCCAAAUCUCUCUCUCCACCUGAGAAAAGUUUCAUUUUUCCCGGAUUUCUUGGGCACCAAGUUGGACUAGCUUGAGAAAAAGCCACCAUUUAGAGAGAAAAUCUAGUGAAGAUGCCCUUGGAAGGAGUUUUCAUUGAACCCUCUUCAAACCCAGUCCCGGAUCUUUCUCUUCACAUAAGCCCUCCCAACAACACUUCUUCUCCCACAUCAAUUUGCAAUAUUAGCAGCAAUGAAGGAGGUUCAAACACCAAUCUUUUGGGCCAAUGCCAAGCUCUUAAAUCUGACUCUAACACCUCCGUAAGGAGCAACUUGCAAGCUUACACCGAGCUUUCUUUAGCACACGCAGCAAAUGUGAUGGAUGAAGACGGCCGAUGUUCGAGGAAUUUCACAGUUGGAGCUGAUCAAGAACAACUGCACAACCCAUAUCAUCAAAAUCGUCAUCAUCAUCUCAGCCACCACCCUAAUAACAAUUUAAAUCACAUAAAUCAUGGGGUUUCACUGCUCGAUGUAUCCGAUGUUCUGAGGCCAAUAAAAGGGAUUCCGGUCUAUCACAAUCGUUCCUUUCCCUUCUUGCCUUUGGACCAUUCCAGAGAGAAGGAUUCAAGGAUGAACUUGUACCAAUUGUCAUAUCCCUCUUGGUCUUCGUCCUUGGCACCAUCUUCUUCUUGUUCCUCUUUGUGCUCUUCUUCUGUUUCACACCCUCCUUCACCUUAUUUUGGAGGAGGUUUGGAUCCCAUGUCAAUCUUGAAUUCCGGACCUAAUACUUCUUCAUCAGCCUAUCGGAUAGCGGCUGCAGCUAGGCUCAAUGGGCUCUCGUCGGAUGCGUUCAAAUCCCAUCAACUACACCAUCACCAUGUCCCUAGUCACCAUGGAGUUGGGCCUUCUGAGGCUUCACAUGGGAUGAUGAGAUCAAGAUUCAUACCCAAGCUCCCUACUAAGAGAAGCAUGAGGGCUCCCAGGAUGCGCUGGACAAGCACUCUUCACGCUCGAUUCGUUCACGCCGUGGAGCUUCUCGGCGGCCAUGAAAGGGCUACUCCAAAGUCAGUUCUUGAGCUCAUGGAUGUUAAGGAUCUCACACUAGCUCAUGUCAAAAGUCAUUUACAGAUGUAUCGAACAGUUAAGACCACUGACAAGCCUGCAGCUUCUUCAGGCCAAUCAGAUGGGUCUGGUGAAGAAGACAUCUCCCCAAUGGGCAAUGCCAGCGACUGUGGCUUAUGCCGAUUCACCGAUCAAAGAGGAGCCUCGGAGGGGUCUCUGCAACAGGAAAUUGACUACCCUUCUACAAAUUUGUGGAGUAACUCGUCAAGCAGUAGAGAGGCUUGGUUGCAGCAAAACUCUAGUGAGAUGGAUGGGCUCAAAACAGCAUCUUUUCCGUCACAACAAAGAUCGGGACAUCAAAUAGAGGAAUGCAAUUCAACUCUACUGAAAGACUACCUAGGGCCUAAUCUGGAUUGUAAAAACCCGAGCUUGGAGUUCACGCUAGGCAGACCGGAUUGGCACGGAAAAGAGCAUGACUGAUACGAUACAUCUGGCUUCCUUGAUUUUUGAUUUUGCUUUCUGGGAUUGCUUCAUUGUCUUCAUGAACGAUAAGAAGGAAUAUAUUUAUAAAGAAGUGUUGGUGAGGAAGAAGCAGCCAUAAUUCUUCUAGAUUUGUGAAUGAUAAGUGUCUUUUGUAUUUAUGUAUUAUCCCUUCUGGGGAUGCUAUGAGUGGCUAAAGCUACACUUCCAUUAGAGUUGAUGUGGUUGUACACGUGAAAAACAAGAGAGAAAGAGGUGACAAGAAAAGGAAAAUGAAUAUGGAAUUAUUGGUGGUUUAUUGAGUUCAUAUAUGGUUAAAUCUUUCUUCCUGUGGC